AAACAAAAAAACAAAUUGUGUUGUCGUGUGUAGUUCAAAAUCUCCCAUUUGAUGUGAGCCACAAGCAGCAUCUCCCCCGUGGCUACCUCGCAGUAGCAUACUUUCCUAUUCCCUGCCUUCUCUGAUGUCAUACCAUAUCAUGCUAUGGCACUGCCCAAUCUUCUAAAAACAACCACAAUUCCAUUCCUUCUCAAAACUCAUCAAAAUGACCAUAUUCACUCCCAAACCACAUAACAAAUCAUUCUUUUCCCCUCAAACUCAUAUUCACAGAACAAACUCACACAACCCUUUCAUCAAAACCCCAUUUCAACGCUUCCAUUUCACACCCUCCAAACUCAUCCACGGACACAGAAUAGUACUAGUAUCAUGUAACAACAACACUCAACAACAAGAAACCAAAGAAAGCCACAAUAAAGUCUCCAAGGCCAAGCCCAAUGCUCUCACAGACCUUGACAAUGAUGUGGAGCAACAUCAUCUAGAGGGUUUUUCUGUGAAUUGGCCACCAUGGAAGAAUCUUCCCCUAAGAUACAAACUCAUAGGGACUACUUCACUUGCCUUCGUUAUUUGCAACAUGGACAAGGUGAAUUUGAGUAUUGCGAUAAUUCCAUUGUCGCAUCAAUUUGGAUGGAGCUCAUCAACGGCAGGGUUGGUUCAGUCUUCAUUCUUUUGGGGUUAUGCAUUGAGUCAAUUGCCUGGUGGUUGGUUAGCCAAGAUUUUUGGUGGCAGAAAAGUUCUUGAAGUUGGAGUACUAGUAUGGUCAUUGGCUACAGCUCUUGUUCCUUUUCUUGCCGGAUAUUUGCCCGGCUUACUAUUGACAAGGAUUUUGGUUGGGAUUGGCGAAGGUGUUUCGCCAUCUGCUGCUACUGAUCUCAUUGCCAGGUCAAUACCAUUGGAAGAACGCUCACGGGCUGUAGCAUUUGUAUUUGGUGGCUUGAGUGUCGGAAGUGUUCUCGGGCUUCUUUUUGCUCCUCCCCUCAUCCAAAAUCUCGGUUGGGAAUCAGUGUUCUAUUUAUUCGGUCUCUUGGGGGUUGCUUGGUUUUUGGGGUUUCAAUUUCUCGAAGAUGGUGAAACACAGUUAGCUACAAAAUCUAUUUCAUCAGCACAGGGCAACACGACACAAUCAUGGCAAACUUCUCUAACAGAAAUGAAUAGCUCUUUGAAGGAAGUACCAUGGAAGGCCUUUUUCCGAAGUCGUGCUGUAUGGGCAAUGAUAUAUGCUCAUUUCUGUGGUAGUUGGGGUCACUAUACUUGUCUCUCAUGGCUUCCCACAUAUUUUAGUCAGGAGCUGGAUCUAAAUCUGACAGAAGCCGCAUGGGUGUCUAUUCUUCCGCCUCUGGCUUCAAUAUUUGUGACAAGUAUUGCGUCACAGUUGGCUGACAGCUUGAUUUCUAAAGGAGUUGAAACCACUACGGUUCGAAAGAUCUGCCAAUCAAUUGCAUUUUUAUCUCCUGCAGUCUGUAUGACUCUUUCAUCGCUGGAUCUAGGAUUACCGCCUUGGGAGAUUGUGGGCCUUCUCACAGGUGGUUUAGCCCUCUCAAGCUUUGCCUUGUCAGGACUUUAUUGUACUCAUCAAGACAUCUCACCAGAAUAUGCAAGUAUACUUCUGGGUAUUACUAAUACCGUGGGAGCUGUACCUGGAAUCGUAGGUGUAGCCCUCACCGGUUAUCUUCUUGAUACAACUCAUUCAUGGAGUAUAUCACUAUAUGCACCAUCGAUCUUCUUCUAUUUGAGUGGGACUGUCGUAUGGUUGGUGUUCGCCAGCAGUAAGCCUCAAAGUUUUUCUGAGGAAAACUGAUAGUUGGUUCAAUCAUUCGACGAAACCAUAUGAUAAACAGAUUUUUGACCGAGGGAGUGUAUAUCUGUUUGAUCUACAAGUCAAGAUUAGUUAUUUAUGUACAAAGAAACAAUAGCAUAGAUUCAUAGGUAAGUUACUAUUUGUUUAUAGAAAGUGUAUAUUUUUAAUUGAUGAUGCUGGUUGGUCACCAAAAAACACGUUGUGACAUGCUGUAAUUUUUGAAAAUUCACUACCUAUGGCAACAAAAUUGAAUAUCACUUUCAAUUUAUUUGUUAUAAAUUUUACAAUUUCCAGUACAUUGUGAAUAUGCAAAACCCUAUCAAACGCCAAAGGAAACAGAUUUUUGGUUUCACCUAGU